AUGAAACGUUUUCUCUUUUGUCUGUGUCUGCUGGGCUCUCUUCUACGCGCCUCCUCAACUCAGUGCACUGUCCCAGCCUCAGAGUUUCAGCUGGAAGGAGACUAUCUGAUAGGUGGACUUUUUGAUAUUCAUCAUGUCAGUGACUCUGUACAUCAAGUCAGACCAGAGGCCAUCGACUGCUCCAGUCAACCCUUCAUUGUGUCCAGUUAUCGGAGGUUUCAGAUGAUGAGAUUCGCUGUGGAGCAAAUCAAUAACUCCACCAACCUGCUGCCUAAUGUGUCUCUUGGUUAUGAGAUUUUUGACCACUGCUCAGAAUUUCAGAAUUUCCCAGGAAUUUUCAAACUCAUCUCAUUCAAUGGCUCAAUUGAAGUCUGGGGUGAAAAACAUAAGAAUAUGUUCAAAAUGUCUAAAAUGGUAGGAGUGGUCGGCCCCUUCUCAAGCACUGAGACACCGACUGUCGCCCCACUGUUCAUGAUGGAUCUCAUCCCUAUGGUCAGCUAUGGAGCUGCCAGCUCUGCCUUCUCAGAGAAAGCGAAAUAUCCCUCUUUCCUGCGAACAGUGCAUUCCAAUGAAGAAAUCAUAGAAGUGAUUGUCAACAUCCUACUGCACUUCAAAUGGAAGUGGGUUGCUUUCCUCAACAGUGGUGACGACUUUGGUGAGGACGGCCUCACGUCGUUCUUGAAGAGGAUUAAAGACACUGAGAUCUGCUUGCCGUUCACCAAAAAGCUCACUGACGACACUAAUCACUCCCAAAUGUUCAAACAGAUAGACGUACAGAGGAUACAAAUCAUUAUUGUCUUUGCUCCUGAGUUGACCUCUGAAGAUCUCAUUAGGUCAGCAAUACGAUUGAAUGUCACCAACAAGGUGUGGAUAGCAGGGGACACCUGGUCCUUAAACAAGAUGCUUCCCAAGGAGAGAGGAAUCCAGAAUAUUGGAACUGUGCUCGGCGUGUCUCAGUCAGUAGUGACGAUACCUGGUUUCAGUGAUUUUAUCCAUUCUUCCAAAAGCAGGAUUCAAUGUGGUAAUGCAAAACAACCGACGUUUUGUAAUCAGGUUUGCAACUGUGACAGCCUGAGUGCAGAGGAACUCAUUUCUAUGGACCCAUCCUUCUCUUUUGCUGUGUAUUCUGCUGUGCAUGCUCUUGCCAACGCCUUACACAAUGCCUUACAAUGUGAAGCUGGUCAAUGUAAUGACAAUAUUACACUGUCCCCUUACAUGGUUCUAGCAGAGCUGAAGAAGUCAAACUUUACUCUUAUGAAUCAAACUAUUCGGUUUGAUCAAAAUGGCAACCCCAGGUUUGGAUCCUAUUCUAUAGUUUUCUGGAACCAGAGUGGUGACGCCCAGAAGAUCGGCUUUUAUGAUUUUCCCCCAUCGGUCCAUUAUUUUAUUAACGGUACCAAAGUAGAGUGGUACUCAGGUGAAGAAGUGCCUACUUCACAGUGUUGCCCACCAUGUGAAGUGGGAUAUGCAAAAAAGCCAGAUGGAAUCCACAAAUGCUGCUUCACAUGUCAACUCUGUCGGAAUGGAACUUAUGUCAACAGCACAGAGGAUCCGUACAAGUGCAUAGACUGUAAGGAGACAGAGUGGUCUGCAGAAGGAAGCACCUCAUGCACCCUGCGGCUGGUGGAGUACAUCCCAUUCACAGACAGUGGGGCUAUACUGAUCAUGUUCGGGGCCUCGGCCCUGGUGGGCAUCACACUCUCCAUGUCUGUUCUCUUUGCCGUGAACUACAACACCCCUGUUGUCAGAUCUGCUGGGGGACCCAUGUGCUUCCUAAUCUUAGGCUGCCUCAGUCUGUGUAGUCUCAGUGUUUUCUUUUACUUUGGCAAACCAACUGUUUCUUAUUGUAUCUUGAGGUUGUUACCGUUCUUCUUGUUCUACACUGUUUGUAUGGCAUGUUUUGUUGUGCGCUCGUUUCAAAUUGUUUGCGUUUUCAAAAUGGCUGCCAAGUUUCCCAAGCUGCACAGCUGGUGGAUGAAGUAUCAUGGCCAGUGGCUGGUCAUCACUGUGGCAUUUGUCGCUCAGGCACUCUUAAUAACCAUUGGCUAUUCUUACGCUCCCCCCAGGCCCUACAAUGAAACCUUAUGGUACCCAGAUAAAAUCAUACUUAGUUGUGACUUCAGUCUGAAAGCCUGCUCUGCUCCUAUAUCUUUACUUCUAUGUCUGUGCUCUCUUUGCUUUAUUUUCUCCUACAUGGGGAAAGACCUCCCCAAAAAUUACAACGAGGCCAAAGCGAUAACGUUCUGUCUGCUGCUGCUGAUCCUCACCUGGAUCAUCUUUGCCACUAAAUACAUGCUUUACCGGGGACGUUACAUCCAAACUUUUAACGCUGCGGCAGUGCUCUCCAGUCUCUACUCCUUUCUGUUGUGGUACUUCCUGCCAAAAUGUUACAUCAUCAUUUUCCAACCCAAGAAAAACACACAACAGUACUUCCAAAGUCUCAUUCAGAACUAUACCAAAACUAUUAGCCAGUAG